AUGGCCAUUUAUCAAUAUUGGAAGCCGGGGAAUGGGGGUAUAGGAGGGAUAAUCAGAAAUGGUAGAGGAGACUGGAUAAUUGGCUUCAGCAAAAGCUUUACCCAUGCUACCAACAACCUCAUGGAGAUGUGUGCUCUCAAAAAAGGCCUGGAACUUGUUAUUGAGCACAAUCUAAGGCCUCUGGAAAUUAACAUGAAAAUCAUAUUACAGAAAGGCAACCUUCUAUAUGAUCCACUUAUUAAUCACUGCAGGUCAACGCUAAGGAGCUUGGGAGGACCGACUGUUCAGCAUAGCUUCAGGGAACAAAACAGAGUUGCUGACAUGAUGGCCGAGAUGGGAGCAACUUUGAAUUUUUUUGACAAGACUCAUGUUUUUGUAACACCACCCCUUUUGUAUGCUCAGUUUUCUGGGAAGAUCUAG